AUGCAUGACAAGUUGGCUGAUCGGCUGUUUGUGUGGUAUGACUACUUCUGUUGUCCGCAAGCAAAUGUCGCGCAUCGGCAGUCUGCCAUCGACAGCAUACCGGCCUAUGUGGGUCGCUGUCAGAUCUUUUGUAUCCUCUGUCCUCAUGUUCGGCAUGCGAAUGACAACACGCUCCUGAACAAGCACACCUGGGCGGAACGAGGCUGGUGCAGGCUGGAGAGGGCUGCCCGAGAGCUGAGCUUGCAUCCGGAUUCCAUCGCCACCAUCGAAAUCCACAGCGCCACACACCAGGUCUUGUCGAACACCUUUGAUUGGGUUCGGUGCCCCGUGGGCGAGGGGAGCUUCAGCGAGGAGACAGACCGUGAGCGUGUAGGUGAAGUGUUGUGUGAUAUGAUCAAAGCAAAGUUGCAGCAUUACCUCGACGAAGAAGAUCUGCACAACUAUCGCUUGUUGCUGAACACACAGGCGGUUCACUUCAGGAACCUGUCAGUGAGGAGUGUCGAGAGCCUUCUGCCACACACCUGCUCGGACGAGCAGGACCCGGCAAGCUUUGCUCUCGGACAGUUCCUGGAGCAGAAUGGAUUUGCCAAUGCAGUAGAGCGAAACGAUGUCGGGUGGACGCCAUUGUGCUAUGCAGCCCUUGCAGGUGAUCCUCUAGUCUUGGCAGCGUUGCUUCAGCAGCGAGCAAACGUCAAUGAUGGUAUCGGCCGUCAAGAUCCCAUCUUGCAGUUUGCCGCAGGCACUUCUGUGCUUGACAUUUGCGUGUGUUUGCACCACAACAACGCGGCGCGCAUGCUCAUCGACUUUUCUGCAGAUGUUCAGCAGAAGGAUGGCCUUCGAGCAACGGCGGCUCACUGGGCCUGCGUUGGCAACAAUGUCGAAGGGCUGCAGCUCUUGCGGAUAGCGGGCUGCAGCCUCGGGGACCGCGCGCUCUUCGGCGAGCUCCCGUUCGGCCUUGCCUGUGCCAUGGGCAGCGUGAGAUGCAUCAAGGAGCUCCUUCCCGUCACGGAUCGGCAGGAGCGGAAGAAACGA